UGUGCAAUCAGCUGAUCGUUACAACUUUAUAUUUGCGCAAUCUGAAUUCUGAAUCUCAAAUCUCAAUCUACUUUAGCUAGGACAAAUAAUGUAAAUACAUUAUACAUUGUAGUAUUUUGUUAAAGAUAAUUGAAAUGUGCUGUCUAGUGUACUUGUAGCAAUGUGAUUACUGAUAAUCAGUACCAAAUAUAUACCUUGAUAUAAAAAUAAUGUCAAAGGAAAUAAUAUAGGUUCAUGAUAUAAUUCAUAACCAUCGCAAAUAAUUUCGUAAUAUAUUUAUAUUAUCUCAGAACUUGAAAAAAUUUAGAAAUGUAUUUCAAAAAAAUAUUUACAAGUUUAUCAACAAGAAAUUUAGUUUUAUUACAAGCUCGGAACAUAAACUGUUGGUCAUGUGGCAAAGAUACAACUUUAGUUUCGAACUUAUUUUGUUCAAAUUGCAAAACCCUUCAAAAGCCAGACAAUGUGGAAAAUUACUUUAAGCUAAUGGGGGUUGAUGAAACCUAUGACCUAGAUGAGGAGGACCUAUCAAAGAGAUAUAAGCAACUUCAAAGAUAUUUGCAUCCAGACAAAUAUGCAAACAGAAAUAAAAUGGAGCAAGAAAUAUCAGCAAAAUAUUCCUCUUUAGUCAAUGAGGCCUACAAAACUCUAUUGGAACCCUUACCAAGAGGUAUAUAUAUGUUAAAGCUUAGAGGAAAACAAAUUGAAGAAAAUACGGUGACAGAUCCUGCCUUCUUAAUGCAAAUAAUGGAAAAAAAUGAAGAAGUUGAAAAUGCAAAAACAGAAGCUGAAAUUAUAAAACUUAAUAAAGAAAUAAAAUUGAUCAUUCAAGAUCUUCAAAAGAAGUUGUCAACUGCAUUUUUUGGUGGUGACAUGGAAAAAGUUAAGAAAUUAUUGGGACAGAUGAAAUAUUAUUCAAGCAUAUACAAUCAAAUUCAAAACUCCAUACGGAAUAAAGGAAUUAUAAGAUAAAUUUUAUGUUUUUGCAUUAUGCAAAAAAAACAAUAUUAUUGUAAAUAGAGUACUUAUAGCUUUGUUAAUUACACAUAUGAAUGUUAAUUUUUUUAUUUCUUCUAAAUUGUAUUACACUUUUUACAGAUAAAGACAAUCAAAAAUAUUAAAACCCUGUGAUGUUUGUUUUUGUUGUGAUAAAAAAUGAAGCUUUGUGUCAAUAUUAAAGAGUCACUCGCAUAAAUAUUGAACCAAGAUUUUUGUAGGCCAAGUAAACUUUGCAGCUUGCCAAUACAAUCCUGAUUUGUCAUUAUAACACCAGUCUGAUGGUGCGGCAUUAGUCAUUACCCAGCUAGUUGUAACAGUUCUAAACAGUUUCUAGAUAGUGGUUUUUAGACAUAAAAUGUAUGUUCUAUAAUAAAAUUAGUCCAUA